GACGUGUUGCUCAGGCAGCGCUAGGUGGCGUUUCUUCGAAGAUUCCUAGUCAGCUAGCGCCAGCAGCAGAGACAUGUAAACAAAAGACAAAUUAAUAGAUUUUAGCCUGCGGGUAAUAGGCAAAAUCUACAGAUAUGGGAAAGCGAGAUAACAGAGUGGCUUACCUGAACCCAAUAGCUGCUGCCAGGGCACGAGGACCCGCACCUAACGCAGGCCCUACCAUUCAGGAUUAUCUCAGCAGACCACGGCCGUCAUGGGAGGAAGUAAAGGAACAACUGGAAAAGAAAAAGAAGGGCUCAAGAGCCCUGGCAGAUUUCGAGGACAAAAUGAAUGAGAGAUGGAAGAAGGUAUUGGAGAAGAACAGAGAAAAAGUACUUGGUGGUGGUGACAAGAAAGAAAAAGAUAAGGAGAAAGACAAGAAAGAGAAAAGGAAGAAGGAAAAGAAAAAGUCCAGCAGGCAUUCUUCAUCUUCCUCUUCUUCAUCGAGUUCUGAUUUUUCUUCCACUUCCUCAGAAUCUGAAGAUGAUGAUGAGAAGAGAAAUGUGAAAAGAAAGAAAAAGAGGAAAAGAUCUUCUGCCAGGAAAGCGUCUGACGAAUCUGACACAGAGUCAGAAACUGAUAGCAGGGAGUCGUCCAAGAAAAAAAGGAAGAAGCCCAGGGAGGAUGGCGAGAAAGACAAGGAUGAGAAGGACAGUCGAAAGAAGAUAAAAUCUGAAAAGGGCCUCUCUGAGUCCUCAGAGGACUCUGAUGUAGAUGGAGAGUUCAAAAAGAAGAAACACAGUAGUGAAGAAAAAGAGAAAAUUACAGACAAGUCCAAGAAAAAAAAGAAAAAGAAGAAGCAUAAGAAACAUAGCAAAAAGAAAAAGAGGAAGACGUCUGGUUCUGAGAUGGACUAAGGGGCUUUUACAGUGUUGUGCACAGCAGACAGCUGGAACGCUGGAGUGAGGAUGGAGCUCUUGUCAGACUGUGGGGAAACCAUUGAUUAUCUGUCCAAGUGACUUUUAGAAGCAUGUGCUGCUUAGCACAUUAAGACUUUGUGGCCGACAGAUGAGAGGAUCAUGUCAAGGGAGAAUGAAAUGAUGCCUUGGGCUUAAUUAUGUUAGGUUUGUGUGUGUGUUUGUUUUUUAAACAGAUGAUUCUCAGUCCAAAUAAAGGUCAUUUACACCAA